CGACCGUUGCACCGUUGGUGUUUAGCUUUAGCGCUAACACUUGUUCGGAAAGUCAGGACUCGUUACUUCAGUUAACCAAAGAUGACUAGGUUUCUGCAGGGGGGUUUCAGUAAAAGUGGCUGGGUUUACAUAUUUGUAAUAAAAAAAUAAUAAUAUAUAAAUAAAUAAUAAAAAAAAGAAUAAUAAACAGGCCUGUGCUGACAGGUAGCUAGUUAGCCAGUUAGCUAGUCAGUCAGUCAGCUUGUCCUCCUAAUACAGGCUUCAUCGAUAGCAGUGACAACACGUUUAUCUCGUUUUAAUAUGUAAAGGGUUCAUUGAAUAAAUUGAAUGAACACCGGCUGCCGUUGUUGAGGAAGGAAACCUGUCUUCAUGCCACAUGACCAGGGGAACAGAUGAGCCUGUGGUAGACCGACAGAAUGAACGGCACACAGCAACAUGACCUGAAAAGACAAAACCUUCUGGAAAGAUUGCUUGAUGCAGUCAAACAGUGCCAAAUUCGCUUUGGUGGAAGGAAGGAGAUCGCCUCAGACUCGGACAGCAGAGUCAUAUGCCUUUGUGCCCAGUUUGAGGCCGUGCUUCAGCAUGGUCUGAGGAAGAGUCGAGGCCUGGCGCUCACCGCUGCAGCCAUAAAGCAGGUGGCUGGCUUCACUAGCAAGACAGAAGGAGAUUUGACAUUCUGGUUCUAUGUGAAAGAGCACCUGAACCGUCAUGAGCUGCAGCGUUUCUACUCUCUAGGGAACAUCUGGUCUGAGUUGGGCCGAGGCAGGGCUUGGCUACGCUGUGCUCUCAACGAGCACUCUUUGGAGCGCUACCUCCACAUGCUGCUGGCUGACCGCCCUCGACUGAGUACAUUUUAUGAAGAAUGGGCUUUUAUCCUUGAUGAGGAGAGAGCCAGUAUGCUUCCCACUAUGGCUGCAGGACUGAACUCCAUCCUGUUUGCCAUAAACAUUGAUAACACAGAUCUAAAUGGGCAGGCACGCGCAGGACCUUCUGUCUCACAUCUGCUGAAAGAGUCCACACAGGGCAUGAGUAGUCUGUGGAAGGAGUCAGCUCAGGGCGUCAGCACCCUGCUCCGAGAGAUCGGCACUGCCACAGCAGUGGUACCUGGUUUUACACUACGUUCAGACUGUCCAUCUGACCCCCUUCCAGUCUUGCCCCGGAGCACAUCUGCAGACUCUGGUUUGAGGAAGGAGCGCAGGAGGAAGAAGAAAAUCACUAACAUCAUUUCAUUUGAUGAUGACCUGGACGCAGGAGCAGAGGAUGAAGACGAGGGGUGUGGGGGUGUCUUGAGUCUGAGGAAGAGUACAACAGGGGAUGUGAACUCGGAGGAUGCUCUAGAGGCUUGUGAGUCGUCCCCCUUACAGAACGGGCUGCCUGAGCCAGAGCAUGGCAUCAUCAGUUGGGCUGAAACUCCUCCACGGAAUGGGGUUCUACUUGAGUCCAAGAGCACUGACCAUGAAGAAGAUGAGGACGAAGAUUUUUACGGCAAGAGCCAGCCAGCGCUGCAGGAGGACCAAGGCAGUGGGGAACAAGCUGUAAUUGGAAGCUUGUCCAGUGUUUCGACCUGGAGCCCUAGGCCGGUUGUUACGGAGACUGACAAUGACAGCUCAGACAUCCUCAUCCCUUUUACUGCAGCAGAAACCUACAGCCCAAAAGUUGACAGCUUCGUUGAGACGAUGGGAUUUCACGAGCAGACAGAGAGCUCGAGUCCAACCACGGACACAGAAAAACCAAAAGCUGAGACAGAGUUCAGCAUGGACUCCAGCUUGUUGACCCACAAUGCGUCUGUGACCAGUGCAGUGACCAGUCCUGGUCUGCCUGACUCUAUGACUAUGGCUGAACUACGUCAAGCUAUUGUGGCCAUGAUGAACAGGAAGGAUGAGCUCACCGAGCAGAACACGUCUCUGCGCAGUCUGCUGGAUGGAGAGAUGGAGCACUCAGCUGGACUACGGCUUGAAGUUGACAGUCUAAAGAAGAAACUGGCUGAUCUGGAGGAGAGACACACUGCCAAAGUUCAGGCACUUGGGAGGGAAAAUGAGGUGCUGAAGGUCCAGUUGAAGAAAUAUGUGGGUGCUGUUCAAAUGCUGAAGAGAGAAGGCAACCAGAGUAUCGACUCUCUUCCCACACUGAGGAACUGUGAAGGCUCUGCUCCAGCUGUGCAGCACAGGUCAGUGGCAGAUGUGGAGGAACUGGCAGCUAGUUAUGAGAGGAAGCUCAUCGAGGUGGCUGAGAUGCAUGGUGAGCUAAUUGAAUUCAAUGAGAGGCUAUAUCGUUCGCUUAUGGCUAAAGACAACCUGAUAGGCCAGAUGAGACAGGAGCUUAUCGACCUACGAGGCCCGGUUCCUGGAGACCUGAGUCAGACCUCUGAUGAUCCCAGUCUGUCUGACUUUGAGACAGCUCACCGUGCUCUUGUCAACGUGUGGAUCCCUUCUGUCUUUCUGCAAGGCCGCGCUGCCAAUGCCUAUCAUGUCUACCAGGUGUACAUCAGGAUCUUGGACAACGAGUGGAAUGUCUACCGGCGUUAUGCAGAGUUCAGAGCACUGCACAAUCACCUGCGAGCCAAGUUUCCCCUGGUCAACACCUUUAGCUUUCCCCCUAAAAAAGCCAUUGGAAACAAGGAUGCCAAGUUUGUGGAGGAAAGAAGGAAGCACCUGCAGUGUUACCUGCGCAUGGUGAUGAACAAACUUAUCCAGACACUGCCUGAGUUCACUGCCAGCCCUACCAAGGAAACACUGCUACAGCUGCUGCCUUUCUGCCAGGACAUUCCUGCUGCCGAGAGUGGGAGUAAAACAGGACGAUCAAAGACAUCAUCUCGUUUUCCCCGGCUGGGCCGCAGUUCUGGUCGUGAUGCUCGUAACCCUGAGCCCCAGAGUGGUGACCUUUAACCUUCUAAUCACACAUUGUAUAUUGAGAGCAGAUACUGACCUCAGACCUGAACUCUGAAUUAUGGAUUCCAACAGGUCUGUUGUCUUAACCUUCAGAUCUGUGAUUCGAUUCUAUAAAACUUCGCCACCUGUUCCAUUCUGGAUAUAUAUGGAGACGAGACGAGUGGAGGAACUGCACUCUGACAGAGAACUUUUCUGUUUACCUGUCAGUCGUGUGGUGGAGCUUUCUGUUACUACGGUGCCUAGUUGUCUUCAUCAGAAGAAAGAAGGACGUAAUUCUUGCUAAAAUCCCUGUUGACGCUUUAUAGAAAGUUGUGGAUUCAAAUUGAAGUAACUUGCACAUGACCUUAUACUCAACUUGACCAAAAUAAAGGGGAAAAUACCCUUUUUUAUGUUUUGUUAAUCUGCUAUACUGUAUGUUGGACACAGUAAUGUAUUGCAGUACUCUUACACGUAAUGGCUUAAUAGCUGAGCAAAUACAAUCCUUUUCAUUUUUCAUUGUAUAAUGCUCCAUAGUGUUAAUGAUGCAUCAAAAAAACUGGAUAGAUUCUAGAGGACAAUAUCUAAAAGUCAUGAAAAUGAAUAUGCUGCCUGAGGUCCUGAAUGUAUGUGGCCACUCUUGUGGAAGUGGAGAGGAUGAAUUGUCAUGAUUUGGGAUAUUUCUGUUAUCCUUUUCUUUUUCUUUCUUUUUUUUUUAUUCCUGAAGACCCAGAGUUUUGUUACACAAAGCCAAAUGCACAGUGGAGCAUACUAACUGUAAUUACAUUAGUGGACGCUCCACUAAACAAAUGAACAAAUCAUGUUUAUUUUUAUGUUUGAGCACAAUAAUGAGCCUGAAUAUAUUCUCACUGCAAUUUUCCUUUUAUUUUUACUUCAACUUGACAAAUGACAAUGUCAUUGUUUAUUGACUGUUAAACUUAUUAUGUACACAAAGAUGAAAGAAAUCAUAUUCAAAUGAGUACAUUAUUGGAAUGUAUUCCAUGUAACGUCAUUAGCAUUAGCCUACAUUUAUAUUCUGUCCAUCUGACUGUAGCUUGUGCCAUAGCAGCAGCUUUUUACUGGAUAUCAGUUUUGCAGUCUUUUGUACAUUAGCAGUACUUAGCAGACUCGGUGGUUUUCUUUAUAUCAGCAGAAGCAGAGCUGCCAGCCUUAAACCAGUGAAAAGAGCAAAAUGAAUAAAUCAGUAGAAAUAA